AUGCAUAGGAGCGCGACCAGCCUGGCUAAGGAGUUGGAGGUGUACUGUAAAGCGAUGAAAGCGGCCGGGCUAAUGAAUAACUCUUCAUGUCUGGUUAUCCGCGGCAUUUGUGACUAUGCAGAUUCACAUAAGAAUCAAGGGUGGCAAGGAUAUACGGCAGCAGUGGCAGCGGCAUAUGCUAAGGGACUUCUCUUGGUGGUUCCGGUACAUCUUAUUGAUGAAGUUCCAGCAGCGCCGUCUCCUUGUGGUGCCUCUCGCGCCCGAGUUCCAUUGGAUCUCAAUACCACCCUAGCAAUUGAGGGAUUUGUUGGACGGCAAGCAGAAUUAGAUCGUUUGUGGUUUCACUUGCAACUAGGGGACUCCCCGACACGAAAAGUUGCCAUCCUACAUGGCCUGGGAGGAAUCGGGAAAACACAUCUCGCCGUCCAUUUUGCUCGGGACCACAAGAAUGAUUUUGUCGCCACCAUCUAG